AUGGAGAGUAAUAAUAAUCAAACCUUUAAUAUACCACAGCAAAUGAUCAUGACAAGCCGAAACUCUCUGCUCACAGAUGGGAUUUCACCUCAUUCUUCAGCCAUAAACUCCUCCUCCCUUGAUCUUCAGUCUUAUCUAUAUGAUCUUCAGUAUUACACAAGAGAUGACUCAGAUGAGGCCUCCUCACUUGGUGGGGUUGGCAAUAGUUCAAGUGCCAUAUGUAAUAAUAGCACUGGCCAUAAUCAUGGCCUUCAAGAAAAUCUCAACAACUUAGCCAUUUCGGUUCCUCAUCAAAUGUAUUCCUCAAAUGGUGUCUUGUCUGGUUUUGUUUCCACUGAAAACUACAACAACAACAACAAUGGUUAUGUUACUUAUAAUGAUCAGACUUCAGCAUUUCAUCAAACAUUUGAUCAAAAUGUAUGGAAUAGUAAUAGAAAUAAUAAUCACAUUGGUUCUUCAGAAUUCAGUAAUGAACUCUCUCUAUCUCUGGCCACAUCUCAGCCCUCUGUCAUCACAGGGAUGACUACUACAAUUCCAGGCCAAUGCUCUGCAUCUGCUAUGCCUACUGGAAACACUACCGAAACAAUGCUGGUUUCUGAACAAGCUUCUUGUAGUAACAACAGAGGUGAAAAUCUUUCGCCGAGUUUCGGCUCUUACAGACCACUGCAACUCUCACAAGUGAUAUUAGGAUCAAGAUAUCUGUCUGCAGCUCAAGAAAUACUUGCUCACAUUGCAAGCUUUUCGCUCGAAAACAUCAGUUAUGAUCAUCAUUAUUUGAGUGGUAAUUACUUGAUGAACUCUUGCUCAUUCUCAACAAUGUCACCAAUGGAUUCAACAUCUGAUGGUGGCAGCAUACUUGAAGGAGAAACUGAAUCCGAAACUCGCAGAAGAGUAACCGAAACAAAGAGAGCAAAGUUGCUGUCUUUACUCCAAAUGGUUGAUGAGCGUUAUAACCAAUGUAUGGAUGAGAUUCACACAGUGGUAUCAGCUUUCCACGCAGCAACAGAGUUAGACCCCCAAAUACACGCUCGUUUUGCUCUGCAAACAAUGUCUGUACUGUACAAAGGAUUAAGAGAAAGGAUAAGCAAGCAUUGGGUAGCCAUGGAAAUGGAUAUGGAGAAGAACAAGUGUUGUGUUACGGAGAAUGAAUGGGGAGUUGAAGAAGUGAAGAAGAAGAAGGAACUUCUAUGGAGACCUCAAAGAGGUUUACCAGAGAGAUCUGUGUCUGUUCUUAAAGCUUGGAUGUUUCAGAACUUCCUUCAUCCAUAUCCUAAAGAUACAGAAAAGCAAGUGCUAGCAAUGAAGAGUGGAUUGACAAAAAAUCAAGUAUCAAACUGGUUUAUAAAUGCCAGAGUUAGGCUAUGGAAACCAAUGAUUGAAGAAAUGUAUGCUGAGCUCAACAAAAGAAACCAAUCCAACAACAACAACAACCAAAGAAUUAGUAUCAACCACAACAUUAUUAAUCAAAUUCAAAGAUACAAUUAAUUAAUUAAUGGAUAUGAAAAAAAAAAGAAGCUAAUUUUUAAGUUAGAUAACAUUAUAAUUUUUAAUUAGGAUCGUUGUAUUAUAUAUUAUUGGAAUAUUAUUAUAAACUUAUUUAAUUUUAAAUUUCU